CUGUGUGGAAAAUGCCUGUCCCCAGGAGCUUUCCCGGCUUCAAUCAGACCUUACUCUGAUUUAUUAUUCGUCAGCUAAAAUGUGACAGAUGCCGAAAUGGCGCGGAUAUUUCAGUGCACGGUGAAAGUGUUAGACGAUCAAGUGGAAACCUCUCUGGUGAUAGAUUUCAAGAAAGAUGCAAAAGGGCAGUUCUUGCUGGAUGAGGCAUGCAGUAGACAGAACCUGGCUGAGAAGGAUUACUUCGGCUUGCGCUACAUCGAUGGAGAAAAACAACGGCAUUGGCUGGAUUUGAAGAAAAGCAUAGUGAAGCAGUUGAGAGGCACAGGACCACCUUACACAGUUGUCUUCAGAAUCAAGUUCUACCCAGCGAACCCUGAUGACCUGAAAGAAGAGAUCACAAGGUACCAGCUAUUCAUGCAGCUUAAGAAAGAUCUGUUUCAUGGAAGGCUCGUGUGUAGCAGGGAAGAUUCAGCAUUGCUUGGCUCUUACAUUGUGCAGUCCAACCUGGGUGACUAUGAUCCUGCAGAGCAUCCACCUGGUUAUGUGUCUGGCUAUCAGAUUAUUCCCAAGCAAACAGAGCGGCUUGAAAAGAGACUAGAAGAACUGCAUGAGAAACACACCAGUGGUUUGACUCCAAGUGAUGCAGAGGUAGCCUUUAUCAAGAAAGCCUUUACUCUGGAGACAUAUGGUGUUGACCCACAUCCUGUGCGGGAUAUUUAUGGCACUGCUUUGCACAUUGGAAUGACCCAUGUUGGCCUGUUGGUAUUCAGAGCCAAUGCUGUCGUAGAGACAUUCAAAUGGCCAGAGGUCAGGAAGUUUAGCUACGAGGGGAGAACAUUUUUUAUUCACGCUAUCAUAGAUGAGAGAAACGUGAACCAUGGGUUUCGGUUACCAACAUCUGCCGCUACAAAACAUCUUUGGAAAAGUGCAUUAGAUCAUCAAGCAUUCUAUAAUCCAGGUAGUCGACGUCGUCGUAGAUCAUCGCUUUUAUUAGGGUUUAGACGAUCCAGCGAUGUAUCCAGCCACACAUCAGGUGGUUUCUUCAGAGGAAGCCGCUUCAGAUUCAGUGGUCGUACACAAAAGGAGGUACUUGAGAAGAGUCGGAGUCUGAGUAGAGAAGAGCCAACGUUUGCAAGGAGUCCACCUAUGAUAAGGCCAAGGAGGGUUCAAUCCUUUAGAGAAACCAGUGCACUUCAUCCCCCCUGUGAAAUCACAUUCGAUGGUUUCUCUCAACUGUCGGGCUCAGAUCAAUCCACCCCAAUCAAGAUGAAUGACCCCUUCAUGACCUAUGCCCCAGCUCCCCUAGACAGCACUGAUGAUUCUGACAUGCAUGCAGACAGUGAAGACAUGAUCGAUGCUGCCACGCCCACCAUCCAAGAAGAACCCUAUGAGCAGCAAGCUGAGGAGGAGACAAAACAAGAGGCUCCUUGGGUCUAUCAGGAACCACAGACUAACCAUAUCAAGGACAAACCGAUUGUAGACAAACCUCACUCAUCGUCGGGUCGCUGUAGUAAAGUAUUGACAUUUACUAAGGUAACAUUCUGCUGUGUAGUCUUGGCAUUAAUCCUCCUCACCGUUUCGCUGGUAGUGCUGUAUGAGACGGAUCACAUCCCGACCCUUGACCCCCUACGUCAGAAUGAAUCCAUUAGGGAAUUCAAAGAGGCUUAUUAUGUUCCUGUACGUGGUUGGAUUGAGGAGGGUUGGGAGCAGGUUAGCGAGGGGUACCAGCAACUGCCGUCAAUGGAGGAGUGGAUGAAGCAGAUUGGUAUCAUUAACGACGGAGAGGCAAAGCAAGAGAAGGAGAGCCAAUAAAUCAAAAGAGGCGGAAUCAAACCUCUAUAUGUGGUGAAAGGGUAGGAUGGUCCUACAUUGCCUUGGUUCACGAAAGUUUGUAAUGCGUCUGUGCAUGUUGUACAGUGCCUUGAGAAUGAACACCAUAGGGUACUAACAAGCUUUUGAAUACAUUUAUCAUGUUGCAAGUACAUCUUUGUUUGUGCAUGCAUCUGUGCAUGUGAUGUUAUUGACUUAUUUACAAGAUAGAAGAAAUCGUAUGUGAUGUUCAAACAAAGUUUGAUUAACCUUACAAUCUCCACACUUGCCACAAAAUGUAAAAAAGGGAAAUUGGUCUAUCUCAGCUGUGUUUAUUUGAUUUGCCAUUUACUACAGUUGGCCAUACUGGUAGUUUUAAACACUGAUCGGUUGACACGCAUUACUUGCAAGGAUUUAGCAAUAGGCUCAUCUACAGGGAAGUCUUUUCCCAAAUGUAAACCAAAACAUACACAUUGUUUAAGUAGCCUGUAUUUCAUUUUGUACACAACAUGUAAACCUUUCCCCAUGAAACAAACACUAUGAAAUAUUGUACAACAUGUAUCAUUUUUCCAGAGUUGAACCCUCAGUUGCGUACUUCAUUUUCAUAGUGAGAAUCAGGGACGUCCUACAUGUACCCAGAGGUCUGGGGAGGUCUGGUUCCAGACCGACCUAAUUGUUGUAACAGACAAUGUGUUCAGGACUGGAUGGUCUAAGAAAAGUUAAUUUCCUGGCCUGUAUUUUCAUCACUGAAGGGGCACUUGAGGCCAUUUUCAUUUUGUUAAAGGAACUUCCAAUUGUUUAUUUUGCUAAUUUUGAUUAAACAUCCAACAGCACAAAUAAAACCAAUAACUGGAUGAAUAAAAAAUGUUCAGUUUUAGAUGUGGGAGGAAAACCCACACGGGGGACAACCCUCACAAUCAAGUAGGGCAUGAAAACCCAAUCCACAUGUGACAUACAUGGGUCUGGUCUGAGGUGGGAUUCUAACCAGGGAACACAGAGGUGAAAGGACGGAAAAGGAAUCACUGAGCCAACCUGAUCCUUUUGGAAAUCCUUUGAGUCUAUACCUGAAUGUUUGGGAGAGGCAUCUAGGCCAAAUCCAGGGGCAGUUGGACCGUGCGGAUUCUGUGUAAUCCCAGAUCUACUUCCAGGCCUGUAUGCUUCGUCUUAAAAAGGGCAAGGGCACCAAGGCAUUUUCUCUUCGUUAAAGAGCACCUACGAGAAAACUAUAAAUUUCUACUGGGCCAGAGCAUUUCAAAGGCACCAAGGCGCCUUCUUGCCUUUGUGAAGUAGCCGGCCUGUACUUGAUCUUGUUUAUAUAAUGUAGCUACUGCGUGUAGGAUGACUUGAUUGAUGUGACAGAUUUGUUUUGAUGUGACAGAUUUGUUUUAAAGAAUAGAACACGUUUGGAAAGUGAUUUUACAGAGACAUUAUAUAUAUACUGUAUAAAGUAUUUAUGGUAAGUUAAUAACUUAUAUAAAUAUGUCAUGCAUAAUUUGUGAAAGUUUAGCCUACUGGUAAUUUGUGGUAUUCACAUAAGGUGCUAAACAAUCUGGAAAUCGGUGAACAAGCUCUGUCUUGCGUUAAAGGAACACGUUGCCUUGGAUCGGACGAGUUGGUCUAUAAAAA